CCAACUUCUGGAUUAAACUCGAAAAUCUUCAACUACACUCAAUCUUGCAGUUGAGCUUUACUGAUCUUCAAAAUAUUUCACAUAUUUUGAUCACUAACAACUUCUCCUAUUCCUUAAUUACUGUUUCCAGCUUCUGAAUUCCAAAUUCCGUUGCAAGAUCACUCGUGUUCGUGAUUCUGCAACUCAAACCGACCCAGUUGAUUAAUUAUGCUCAUUAGUCACUAAUUUCGGUGCAUAAUCAAUUUGGCAUCGUGUUGAUGAGGUUUGAGACCUCAAUUCACGGCGGGCGGUUCAACAACAAGAGGAUUGAGUUCAAGCGAUGCAAUCCGGGCUUCAUCUCCACGUACUGGACGAUGUUUACAGUGUUCUGGAUCAUGGCGGUGGCUUCGAUGUUGCUCUGGCAGUGCACUAUUGAUGAUGAGUUCCUUUUCCACCGGAGUGUCCCGUUCAGGCCGUUGCCGAGGACGCGGCCUGUUGCGUUUAAUUUGACGGAUUUUGGAGGAGUGGGCGAUGGAGUCACUUUGAAUACCGUGGCCUUCGCGAACGCCAUUUAUGCCAUUUCGAAGUGGCGGGCCAGAGGCGGCGGACAGCUUAAUGUUCCUCCUGGCCGUUGGCUUACGGCUCCCUUUAAUCUCACUAGUCAUAUGACUUUGUUUCUUGAUCAAGAUGCUGUUAUAUUGGGGAUUCAGGAUGAAAAAUAUUGGCCACUGAUGCCUCCUUUGCCUUCCUAUGGGUAUGGAAGGGAGCACGCUGGACCUCGUUACGGGAGUUUGAUCCAUGGUCAAAAUCUGAUAGAUGUCGUGAUAACAGGGAAUAAUGGUACCAUAAAUGGACAGGGUCAAACAUGGUGGAAGAAAUUUCGCCAAAAGCUUCUGAACCACACAAGGGGUCCCCUUGUUCAGAUCAUGUGGUCAAGGGAUAUUUUGAUCAGCAAUAUAACUUUGCGCGACUCUCCAUUUUGGACUCUUCAUCCAUACGACUGUAAGAACGUUACUAUCCAGAGUGUUACGAUCUUGGCUCCGAUACAUGAUGCACCAAAUACAGAUGGAAUAGAUCCUGAUUCAUGUGAAGAUAUGGUGAUUGAGGAUUGUUACAUAAGUGUUGGAGACGAUGGCAUUGCAAUCAAGAGUGGUUGGGAUCAGUAUGGCAUUGCUUAUGGGCAACCCUCGAGAAACAUACGAAUCCGAAACAUCGUUGUUCAAUCUAUGGUUAGUGCUGGGAUAUCGAUCGGUAGCGAGAUGUCGGGUGGCGUAUCAGGCAUCACCAUAGAGAAUGUCGUGGUGUGGAACUCCAGGCGAGGUGUUCGGAUCAAGACUGCUCCAGGGAGAGGAGGAUAUGUGAAAGACAUUACUUAUCGAAAUCUGACCCUCGAAGUUGUACGUGUUGGGAUUGUCGUAAAGACAGACUACAACGAACACCCUGACGAAGGAUAUGACCCAAAGGCAGUUCCACAGCUGAAGGACAUAAGCUUCACGAGCAUCCAUGGGCAGGGAGUUCGAGUGCCCGUUCGAAUGCACGGUAGCGAAGACAUUCCAGUAAGAAAUGUGACAUUCAGGGAUAUGUCAGUGGGAAUAACAUACAAAAAGAAACAAAUAUUCCAAUGUGCAUUUGUUCAAGGACAAGUUAUAGGAACCAUCUUCCCUGCUCCUUGUGUCAACCUCGACCGUUACGACGAGCAUGAACGACUAAUUAAACGCUCGGCUUCUCAAAAUGCAACAGAUAUCGACUACGACUUUUGAGUAGCAGCUAGCUGAUUUGAUCAAACCACUAAAAACUGUCUUUUUUUUUUCUUCUUGUUCUUCUUUUAACACCAGUUAAAGACUCUCAUAUGUCUAUUUUAUGUCUGAAAUUUGCAUUUUUUUGUCUGGUAGAGAUGUACAGAGGAACCCUUUUUUUAUUAGAAUAGAUAGCUUUGAUUUCUGAGUU